UUCAUAUACAUAUCAAGUUAAUGUUUGCUUAGUUCAGAGCAGCUCGCUCCGUACUUAAAACUUUCCAUUUUGCCCACUAAUUAAUUAGUAAUUUUUAUCUUUCUCCAUCCAAAAUCAAAAUCCAUGGCUAGUUCUAUGGUUUUUGCGUCUUACAUUGUUAUGGGUCUAGUGGUGGCACUAGGGAGUGGUUUCACUGGGGCAGAGGCAGCGCGUGCUUUCUUUGUGUUUGGAGAUUCGCUUGUGGAUAAUGGCAACAACAACUACUUGGCUACUUCAGCUCGUGCAGAUUCUCCUCCUUAUGGCAUUGAUUACCCAACUCGCAGACCCACUGGCCGUUUCUCUAAUGGCUAUAACAUUCCUGAUUUCAUCAGUCAAGCACUUGGGGCAGAAUCCACAUUGCCUUAUUUAAGCCCCGAGCUCAAUGGGCAAAGGUUGCUCGUUGGUGCCAACUUUGCUUCUGCUGGUAUUGGAAUUCUCAAUGACACUGGAAUUCAAUUCGUAAACAUAAUCAGGAUAUCUAGACAACUGGAAUACUUCCAAGAAUACCAGCGGAGAGUAACUGCUCUUAUUGGAGCUGGGCGAACUCGGCAAUUGGUGAAUGGAGCAUUAGUCCUCAUCACUCUUGGAGGCAACGAUUUUGUCAAUAACUACUACCUGGUGCCUUUCUCUGCAAGAUCCCGCCAAUACAAUUUACCAGAUUAUGUCAAGUACUUGAUCUCUGAGUAUAAGAAGAUUCUGAGGAGGCUAUACGAUAUUGGGGCACGUAGGGUGCUGGUGACGGGAACUGGUCCGUUGGGUUGUGUUCCAGCGGAAUUGGCUCAACGAAGCAGAAAUGGGGAAUGUUCACCAGACCUACAGCGUGCUGCGUCAUUGUUCAACCCUCAACUUGUUCAGAUUAUCAAACAACUCAACAGCGAAAUUGGUUCCAAUGUCUUCGUUGGAGUCAACACACAACAGAUGCAUAGUGACUUCGUCAAUAAUCCUCAAGCAUAUGGAUUUAUUACAUCAAAAGUAGCAUGCUGCGGUCAAGGACCCUAUAAUGGGCUAGGACUGUGCACUGUGGCCUCCAACUUGUGCCCAAAUCGCGAUGCUUAUGCAUUUUGGGAUGCUUUUCAUCCAUCAGAAAGAGCCAAUAAGAUUAUCACUCGACAGAUCCUCUCAGGCACCACAGAGUAUAUGUAUCCAAUGAAUCUCAGCACCAUUUUGGCCUUGGAUUCUAAGAACUAGCCCACCUCUGUGUCUUACGAAAAAGUUUACUCGUUAAUUUGUGAUAUACGUUGAUAUGUCUUGAAAAUUAAUUUGGUGUCCUCAAUAAUCUCCAAGUUGUAGUGGGUACUAAAUAGUAGUAUAUUAUAAUGUUGUAGUCCAUGGAUGACGAUAAGUACCGUCUUCAUUUUCAAUCUCUCCAGCAGUACGAAGAAGGACUGCAUAAUAAUUCAGUGAAUUU